AUGGUGGCUCUCAAACAAUUCUUACAACUGGGCUGCAUAUUGGCAGUAGUGAAUGCCGACUACUGCACCAACAAGAAGCAACAGCCUGUGGUUGAUCUUGGCUAUGAGAUCUACCAAGCUACCGGAGCCAACAAUGUAGGAUCCCACCUUCCUGCGGACUCCGACAGUUAUUAUACCUUCUCCAAUAUCCGAUAUGCCGCUCCCCCGGUUGGCGAUCUUCGAUGGAAGGCUCCUGUCCCUCCUCUAACCAACCGAUCGGCCAUUCAAUCUAACGCGGAAUCAAUCACCUGCGCCCAAGCAACACCGAGCUGGCAAAUGCGCACCUCGCAAUACACAAACGACUACCUGAAGACCGGAAAUGUUCCCAAUGUCUCCUACAGCGGCCUGACCGCGAUCUCCGCCGGUGGAGUGGAGGAUUGUCUGUUUUUGGAUGUUCAGGUGCCUCGCAAGAUAUUUGAUAACGCCAAAACGGAUAAAAAGCUGUCACCUGUUCUGGUUUGGAUCCAUGGCGGAAGCUUCAUUGCCGGGUCCAAAACCUCCUUUGGAUCAUCCAAGGGCUUAAUUGACCGCAGCCAGGCGGGUGGCUCAGAAGGUGUGGUAUACGUCUCUCUCAACUACCGACUGGGUGCGUUUGGCUUCCUAUCUGGGCCCUCAUUCGAAGCGGAAGACGGCUUGCUCAAUGCUGGAAUUCACGAUCAGCGACUUGCCCUCCAGUGGAUCCAGGACAAUAUCUAUCGCUUUGGAGGAGAUAGGAACCAAGUCACGGUCUUUGGUGAGUCUGGAGGCAGCGGUUCCAUCAUGCACCACAUCACCGCAUAUGGAGGAGAAACACCGGCCCUCUUCAACCAGGCCGUGCUGCAGUCCCCCGCCUAUUACCCCUACCGGUCGUCGGAGAACCAGGAGAAGUCUUUUAAGGACUUCCUCGCCCUGGCAAAUGUCACAUCGCUUAACGAAGCUCGUCAGCUUCCUUCCGAUGUUCUCGUUUUAGCGAAUUCAAACUCAGUCGGUGUGACGCAGCCGUACGCUUCAGCUGUCUACGGCCCUACGCCAGACGGUAGCUUUGUCAAGGCAGACCCCAAGGCGCUACUCCGCCGUGGAGAAUAUGACCAGUCCGUGAAUAUCUUGAUCUCCCACACCUCGGAUGAGGGUCUGGUGUUAGUGCCAGCGGUGCAUACCGAUGAUGAAUACGAGAAGCUCGUGAAAAACCUCCUUACUCGUGCUAAGAGUUCGACCAUCGAUCACAUUACUGAGACACUUUAUCCUCCCGUGUUCGACGGAUCUCAUGGAUACACCAACAACUACCAGAGAGCGGCCUUGACGGCGAGUGAUUUGAUCAUCGACUGCAACGCGGCUGUACUGAAUACGGCAUUCAAGAACAGUUCCGCCUACUUCUUUGAUGUGCAGCCCGGUAUUCACGCACAGGACACUGGAUAUACCUUUUACACUCCGAACGAGAAGCCUUCGUCCUAUAAUCUGGUUGACACUGGCGCCGUGAACCAGACCAUUGCAUUUGUCAUCCAGGACUACAUUCUCUCCCUUGCCAAGCAUGGCACCUUGAACAGCGCCGUCGAUGGUCUAAGCUCGAUUCCAAAGUUCGGCUCCCAGGCUAAGACUGUGCAUCUGACCGGCGACAAUAUCACAAUCUCUCAUGACCCGGCCGCCAACCAACGAUGCCAAUGGUGGUCGCUUGAUCUAUUUGACUAA